CGUCCGCGUCUCUUCGAGCAGUACGCGUCCACACGUCGCGACGACACGGAUUCGGAUCGUGCACCCAGUCGCCGUUCCAUCCUCGAGUGCUCGUGAAUUUCGAUCGAAACGUUGAACCCUUUGUGCACGUGAUCCUGUACGAGAUUCUAUCAUCUUCGUUCGUCGUGCCGUUCUCCUCCCUGUGCACGAGAUCCUUCUGUGAACGUCUCUUCUUCAUUCGGCGGAAAACGAUGUGGCCAACAGGUCGACUCGUGUCGUCGCACAGGAGUCGAGGAGAUUGAGAAGGAAUCGCGAAUUUGUCCAGAAUUUGGGAUAGGUCAGUGAGACAAGGUGCGAGCGAGAGUAAGCAACAAGGGUAGAGAUAGUGAAUAGAUUAAAAAUUACCAUUUUCUCUACACGAUGAUAUCUCAAGAACCAGAAGUCGUAUCGAGAUAAAUAAAAAAACAUCUUAAAGGAUUCGUUCCGGAAAGCAGCAUCAACAGUGCAAACCAGUGAGUUUCGAGUUAUCGCCGGAAGUGCGAUCGUUUCACGGCUGACGGAAUGACGUCGGCCCCGUCCUCCGCAUCGUCGUCGUCGACGCAGCCAUCCCUCGUCUGUCCCUCGAUUCCCGAUAGAAUACGCGCGCUUAACCAGUGAAAACCGAUCCAACCCUUCGACACACGAACACCGAGAAAUCUUGGAGGAUUCUUUCGUUCCCUCGUGGCGAUGAUCCAUCUUCCCUGAGUGAUCGAUCACAGACAGAUUUCUGGUCAGAUCCGCGAGAUAAAGCGAGCGAAAAAUCUCCACGACGCAAAGAGAAAGAAGAAGAAAUAAUAAGGAGCGGUUUCGAGAAAUUUUUUUUUUUUUCGAGGAAUACAAUUUAAUAAACAAGUAUCCGACAACAAGAUGAACACCACGAUGACAAGCACGAUAACUACCAUGAUAAGCGGCACGAGUAUCGAUUACUCUCAGAUAACGAGUCAAGAGGACUCGACUAUCCAGAACUGCGAGGCCGAUCUGCCGAUCAUUUCGUUGGUCAACCAGAUUCUUUACUCCAUCGUCUGCAUCGUCGGCCUCCUCGGCAACACACUCGUCAUCUACGUGGUGUUGCGAUUCUCGAAAAUGCAAACCGUAACGAACAUGUACAUCGUGAACCUGGCGAUAGCGGACGAGUGUUUCCUGAUAGGUAUACCGUUCCUCGUCACAACGAUGAGUCUGCGCAGUUGGAUAUUCGGGAAGAUAAUGUGCAAGGCGUACAUGACCACAACAAGUAUCAACCAGUUCACCAGCAGCAUAUUCCUCUUCAUCAUGAGCGCGGAUCGUUACAUCGCCGUUUGCCAUCCGAUCUCCUCGCCUAAAAUUCGGACGCCGUUCAUCUCGAAGGUGGUCUCGUUGACGGCCUGGGCAACUAGCGCGCUCUUCAUGAUACCUAUAUUCCUGUACGCGAACGCCAUGGAAUCGGAGAAAGGGAUCAACUGCAACAUCUACUGGCCCAACGAUCGCGGAGGUCACACCACCUUCACAUUGUACACGUUCAUCUUAGGCUUCGCCAUCCCAUUGAUGCUCAUACUGAUCUUCUACUUCCUCGUGAUCAGGAAAUUGCAAACGGUGGGGCCGAAGAACAAGUCGAAGGAGAAGAAACGAUCUCAUCGCAAAGUGACGAAACUCGUGCUCACCGUGAUCACGGUUUACGUUCUGUGCUGGCUGCCCUACUGGCUGAUGCAGGUGGCGCUCAUCUACACCCCGCCCAAACAGUGUCAGAGCAAGAUCACGAUCACCAGCUUCCUGCUCGCCGGUUUCCUCAGUUACAGCAACAGCGCGAUGAACCCGAUCCUGUACGCGUUUCUAAGCGAUAAUUUUAAAAAGAGUUUCUUGAAAGCGUGUACCUGCGCCGCUGGCAAGGACGUGAACGCCACGUUGCACAUCGAGAACAGCGUGUUUCCCCGCAGGAACAAGGCGAACGCGGACAAGCUUCAAUCGAAUCGGUUGGUCGUAUCCGGCCACUCGAGGCUGGAGUUGGAGGACGAGGACGCGGAGAGGGGGCUGUUGAUCAGCAAAACUUCGACGACCACGGUGACCAUGACGUCACGAUCGAACAUCACCAUAGGCAAUGAGCCGAAGGAGCAGGGCCAGAGGGAGAAAGACGCGUUGAAGAACGGGGUGCAGCUGACGUUGUUGACUCAAGUGUAG